AGUCAUCACCAUCACAAUCAUCAGACGGCCCGUUGCUCCAAAUCAUCGCUCCAUGUCUAGAUUCUCAGGCGUGUGAUCCGAUCCACGCAAACCCUCUGCUACAACUCGCAUGACCGUUGAUUUCGAAGACCAUUUCUCAAAUUUUGAUCACAGGCGGAGUGGAGAAGAAAAAGGCAUCGAAGAAGAACGCAACAACACAGGCACAGAGCUCGUUGAUUCGCGAUGAUCACCAAAUUAAUUCAAAAAGUGACUAGUCCUCAUCAGCAUAAUGUGCCACACGGAAGUAUGACAUCAACAGACUGGCAACCACGUGUUGCUGUUCACUACGGGAUCCCAUCUACUGCAUCCAUUCUUGCUUUUGACCCCAUUCAACGCCUCUUGGCUGUAGGAACACUGGAUGGUAGGAUUAAAGUGAUUGGUGGGGAUAAUAUUGAAGGCCUUCUUAUAUGUCCUAAGCCAUUGCCCUUCAAACAUUUAGAGUUCCUAAAAAACCAAGGUUUUCUAGCCAGUGUCUCGAAUGAAAAUGAAAUUCAGGUCUGGGAUCUAGAACACAGGUGUAUAGCUUCUAAUUUACAGUGGGAAUCCAAUAUAACUGCCUUUUCCGUCAUCUAUGGCACCCAAUACAUGUAUGUUGGAGACGAGUAUGGAUUUUUGUCUGUAUUGAAGUAUGAUGCUAAAGAAGGAAAAAUUCUACAUAUGCCUUAUCAUAUUCCUGCAAAUCUUAUUACCGAAGCAGCUGGGAUUUCGCUGCCUAAUCAUCAUUCUGUUGUCGGUGUGCUCCCUCAACCAUGUUCCUUAGGGAAUAGGGUGCUGAUUGCAUAUGAGAAUGGGGUGAUCGUUAUCUGGGAUAUUACUGAAGAUCGGGCUGUUGUUGUUAGAGGCUAUAAGGAUCUUCAACUGAAGGAUAAAACAGUUGUGGACAUUCCAAAUGACGCGAGCCAUGAGCACACUGAUGCAUCAGACAAUGAACAAGCAGAAAAGGAGAUAAGCUCUCUUUGUUGGAUAUCUUCUGAUGGGUCCAUUCUUGCUGUCGGUUAUGUAGAUGGAGAUAUUUUGCUAUGGAACUUAUCAACUGCUACCUCUACCAAAGAUCAGCAAGCUCAGAAGUCAUCUAAUAAUGUUGUUAAGCUACAAUUAUCAUCAGGUGACAGAAGACUUCCAGUUAUUGUUUUACAUUGGUCUGGAGACACAGCACAUAAUGAUCGUGGGGGAAAACUCUUUGUCUACGGUGGUGAUGAUAUUGGAUCUGAAGAAGUUCUAACGAUCCUGAAUCUCGAUUGGUCUUCUGGCGUAGAAAAUUUGAAGUGCAUUGGCCGUGUAGACCUUACACUUAAUGGUUCUUUUGCGGAUAUGAUUUUAGCACCAAAAGCCGGUGCAACAGAAAGGAGUGACACGACUUCAAUAUUUGUACUGAACAGCCCAGGACAACUGUUUUUUUAUGAUGACGCUUGCUUGACUGCCUUAAUGUCUCAGCCUGAGAAGAAGCAUUUUAUUCCUGCAGUUCAGUAUCCUGCAAUUAUACCUACUGUUGAACCAUGCAUGACCAUUGCGAAGCUCAGUCUGGUGCAUACAGAUGGAAGUUCUUCAAAGGCUCUCUCAGAGACAGUUUCAGCAGCAAAACUUCAAGUAGCACAAGCUUUGAAUACUGGGAGUACCAAUUGGCCUUUGACUGGUGGCGUUCCCAGUCAGUUGUCCUUUGGUAAAGAUCAUGGGAUUGAGAGAGUCUAUAUAGCAGGCUAUCAAGAUGGAUCUGUUCGAAUAUGGGAUUCUACAUUUCCAGUUCUGUCACUUAUUUUCGUCUUAGAAUCUGAGCUGGAAGGCUUAGAAGUUGCUGGUGCUAGUGCAUCAAUAUCAGCACUGGACUUUUGUUCAUCCACUUUAAGUUUAGCUGUUGGCAACGAACACGGUCUGGUUCGUCUAUAUAGGCUAAUGGGGAACUCGGAUGAUAAAAAAUUGCACUUUGUGACCGAAGCAAAACAUGAAGUUUGCAGUUUGAACCAUGAAAACGGAGCUCAGUGCACAGCUGUAUUUUCCUUCCUAAAUUCUCCUGUACACACCAUGCAGUAUGCAAAUUCUGGAGUUAGACUUGCUGUAGGAUUUGAAUGUGGUCGGGUUGCGAUGCUUGAUAUCAAUUCGUUCUCAGUUUUGUUUCUUACAGACUCCGUAUCCAGCCCAAGUUCCCCUCCUGUUUCUCUUGCUGUUGAAGCAUUCUCAGAUUUUCACCAGAGUCUGGAUCACAGUGUGACCAGAACCUCAAAUGAAUCUGCAAGGGAAGUAGUUUUCAUCUUGACCAGAGAUGCCCACAUUGUUGUUACAGAUAGCACCACCGGCAACGUAAUCAGCUCUUGGUCAAUACUACCAAAGGAGUCAACUGCAAUUUCCCUUUAUAUAUUAGAGGGCAAUAUUUCUCUCUCUGAAGUGUCUGGUGAAAAGCAUUCACCGAUCUCAUCUCAGGAUUCUGAAGCAAGAAAUGAACCUGGAGAAACCACUUCUCACCCCAAUAGGGAGUCGCUUGGAACUGAAUCUGGUGCCUCUACUAAAGCCUCGCAUUUGGGGCAGAAAUUUAAGGAUUCACUCGUCUUACUUUGCUGUGAGGAUGUGUUGCGUUUGUACUCUUUGAAGUCUGUUGUUCAGGGGGACAACAACUCCAUUCGUAAAGUGAAUCUUGUAAAACCAUGUUGCUGGACUACAGUUUUUAAGAAAGAGGGAAAAAUAUGUGGACUGGUUAUAGUCUAUCAGACUGGAUUAAUUGAGAUAAGGUCUUUGCCAGAUCUUGAAGUUGUGGGAGAAAGUUCUUUAAUGUCAAUUCUUAGAUGGAACUUCAAGCCUAAUAUGAACAAAACAAUGAGUUCUUCCAACACAGGGCAGAUUACUCUGGUGAAUGGAUGUGAAUUCGUGUUCAUAUCUCUAUUGGCCUUUGAAAAUGACUUCAGGAUUCCGGAGGCUUUGCCUUGUCUUCAUGAUACACUCCUAGCAGCUGCUGCUGAUUCUGCUUUUAGUUUUUCUCAAGAUCAAAAGAAAAAACAGCCACAGGGUACUGGCCCUGGAAUUUUUGGUGGUAUCAUUAAGGGCCUCAAAGGUGGCAAAGCAGAUCGUUAUGGGGAUCUUUCUGAAGCUCAAAAAACUGCACAUUUAGAGAAAAUAUUUUCAAGGUUCCCAUUCUCUGACCUGUCUGCUAGCAUGGAAGAUGACCAAGAAGAAGUGGAAGUUAACAUAGAUGACAUUCAAAUUGAUGAACCUCUACCUGCCGUAUCAUCUUCUUCUCAUAAGAGCAAGAAUGACAAGAGAGAUGAGGAAACGAAGAGGGAAAAAUUGUUUGAAGGUGGUACCGAGGAUGCAAAACCAAAACUUAGAACACCCGAAGAAAUUAUGGCUAAAUAUAGAAGCCCUGAGGAUGCCAAUGCAGCAGCUGCACGUGCAAGAGAUAGGCUUGUAGAACGCCAGGAGAAGCUUGAGAAACUAAGCAGACGAACUGAAGAGCUACAAGAUGGUGCAGAGAACUUUGCCUCAAUGGCAAAUGAACUUGCCAGGCAAAUGAAAAAUCGUAAAUGGUGGAACAUAUGACUAGAAAUGUGAGUUUCAAUUGGUUGGAUUUGUUGAUAUACCCUCUUGGUCCUGUUUGGAUGCGGACGAGCCCUUCCAGUAGUCGCUUCUCUUUGGAUUAAGGAGUCUAUAAAGCAUUUGAUGUAGCAAUACAUAAUUAGUCGCUUCGCUUUUGGAUUAAGGGUUCUACAAAGCAAUUGAUGCAGCAAUACAUACACAAUUAACUUCGGAUUAUAUGGGUUCUACAAAGCAUUUGGUGCUGCAAAAUACGCACACAUUUUGAUGGUUUCGUAAUUAGAUAGGUAUUAAUUUGUCCGGCCAAGGCGAUGUAAAUCCUUAUCAGUCAACACAACUGGUUCAAAAUUUUCACAGAAAGCUUUUAGUAGAUAGAAUUGUUUGAGCACGUUUGUAUCAAUUUAUCAACAAAUUCUAUAUAUGAAAUGGAAUCCCCCUUUUUGGUUUUCUUA